AUGGAGUCAGUGGGCUCGUUGAAAUGGCCAAGGCGACUGGCAGAGGUGGUGAGACGUGGCAGGGCGGCCAACCUCAGAAAUUGCUGGAGAGAUCAGUUGACAUUCAAAAGAUGCUGUGGCGAAGGAGCCGCCUCUACGUGCUUUGCGGCCGCAGAGCAGCAGAUCUGCUGCAGCGGCAAUCGUUCAAGCAGCUGGUGGGGGAUGCCUGAGGUCUUGAGUUUGGCUCACCUCAUUCUCUUCCACAUCAGUGAAGGGACAAGCUGCUUUGCUAGCCUCAGCUUGUCUGAGUCGAGCUGCUGUGGCGGACCCAAGGUGAAGGAAUGUUGGGAUGACUUGUUCUCUGCUGGACACUGCUGUGGACACACUUCAGUGAUGGGAGUGGAAGCGGACCUGCAGCCCAGUGGUUGCUGGUUUGGGAAAUUUACCCAGGAGUAUUGCUGUGGCGACAUUGACAAAGGGGAGGACGGGAGGUUUCGUGGUUGUUGGGACUAUCGCUUCACCUACGACAGCUGCUGCAGAUCCUUGGAUGCCUUAGCCCCGGAGAAUCCAUGGUCGCUUGGGAACCUCUCGGCACUCUACCGCGCACGUGUGCUGAAGAAGUGCGUGGCGGUGGAUAGCAUCCACCACUGCAAGCGGAUGUGGCACAAUGCCUUGCAGGAGGUGCCAUCUCUCACCCAUGCGAAUGUCCUGCGCCAUGCGCGAUCCAUCGCCACGUCUUGGACUUUGGAGGACGCCUGGGACGACGUCCUGCGGAUCAGCCCUGGCUUUGGUGCCAGCAUCGCCCUGCAUGGCUUAGCGGACAUCCUGAAAAACUGGCUGGGAGGAGUUCAAGUGGAAAAUUGGGUCUUUGAGUACGCUGCCAACUUUUUGCGGCAUUAUCGCUCAGCGGUGGGCAGGAUUCCACCGGAGGACUUGCGCACAGCUGGGGGCCUUCGGAUCGCAGACUUGGAUCAGGCAGUUAGUCUCUUCAUGAAGACCUCCUACGAAGUCUCUGCACAGGUGGCCCUACGUGAACGUUUCACCAACCGAGAAAAGGAUGGCAUACAGGAUCUGUUCGACCAAUGCUGUCUCGAAGCCUUUGCACACGUGGUCUUGGUCCUGGAGCUGCUGCAGUUGGACCACGUGCCGUGUCAGGGCACCUUGAUCGCGCUGCUGCGCUAUGGCACCUUCCCCUCCGGCCGCUUGUCGCUGGAGAAGUGGGACGUCGUGGACAACGACUCGGAGAUCAUGGUCUUCCUGGAGCCAUCCGACGAUGUGCCGCAGAUGGCGCGGAAGAUCUCGCGGCGGCUGGAAGCAGAUGGCUGGCCGCCCUGCACCUUGCAGACAGGUACCAAGCUGGUCUGCUUUAGUUUGCACCUGGAAGUGCCCAUGAAAGUCGAGCUCUACUUCUUUCGAAAGGAUGUGCGGCAGGGAAUCAUCACCGGUGACAUGGGAAAGAAUUUUCCGCUCCAAGCCUGGGGCGGGCGCCUGCCGUUGGAGAUCAUCUAUCCUUUUUCAUCCUGUCGUUUGGGAAGUUCCUGGAGAACUGUGGCAUGCCCCAACCGGCCACUGGAAAUGCUUCGCCUGUGGAACCAGCAACCGAACGCCUUCCCCGAGUACGUGGGCGCUGGGCACUUCGGCCGAUGCCUGGCGUUGCCGGUGAUCUCUGGGGAUCGGGACUCGGGGGAUGCCCGGAACCAGCGCUUCAUGGCGCUGGGCCUGGUGGGCGAAGACUUGCGCUUACUUGAAGGCUAUGCCCGGGCCUUGUGGAAGGGGGGCUAUGCCUCCCUACUGGAGGAGCUCGACUCUGAGCCCUGCCUGAGUCGGAAGGAGGCCAUCUUGCAGGGCGACACGCACGCGGGAUUUCCGUGGCCCCCUGAAUGGGAGGAACACGAGGCUCGGGAGGCGUUGCUAGAGGAAUUCCGGCGGAAAUUCGAAGUUGAGGUGCUGAAAGUGGGCGUCCACAUGCACUUUGGCAAGGCGGACACGGGCCCAGGCACCUUUGGUGUGCUACUGCAAUUCGGCUUCGGCACGGACAACACAAGGAGGUGGCUGGCGCGGCAGGUGGUGCCACCCACCUGGAUCCUCAGUGGCGUGGAGGAUGCCUCCGUGGCCAGCGCGCUGCGUGAGUCUGGCAUCUUGGAUGAGCAGCAGGCCUUCUGGGGCCUUCUCCUCCCAGAGACAGAGAUGCAGGCGAUCGCGCGUCUAGAGAGUUGCCAGCGGCAGGCCUUGUACACCGUGCGUGCCCAGGCCACCAAGUUGCACGACGAGGCCCUGCCCCGCUUGAGGGAGAGAUUCCAGAAGUUGGGCUAUGGUGACGAAAUGCUCGGCACGGUGUUGGAUUGGAUCCAGGACUUGGCUCCGGUGAUCGUGCACGUGCACCUGGAUCGCGUGGGAGCUUUCCUGGAGGCCCUGCUGGGCGUGACGGUGGACGAGUUCUACCGCAACCAGUUCGAGACGAAGACCAGCUGUGGGGCCGCAGACCCUGAAAAUCGCACCCGUCAGAACUGGGAGAAUGUGCUGUUUGGCGGCGCCUACAACGAUGCCAAGGCCUUUGAGAGACCCAAGUAUGGUGCCUUGAGUGUCAUGAACGAUUAUAGAGGUGUCAUCAGCGCCAGGCAGUAUGGUGAUUCCUAUCUCGUGCUCAAGGACGUGCGGCUGCGCUGCACCUUUGCCGGCACGGAUUCAGGGGGCAUCAGCUCGUCGCGACUGGCUGUCCUAGACAAAUACGCGCAUGUGCUCAGCGAGUAUAAUGACAACGAGCUGCAUGGAGAAGGGGCUCUCAGUGCUGGAUACACCUGGGGAUGGCUCGAGGCCCGUAGACUUGCCAUGUUCGACUUUGAUGAGUUGGAUGAGAGGCUUCCCCCAAGACCCAGCCAGGUUGGACAGGCAUCACAACCUGCCAAGCCCAGCCGACCACCUGCGCCUGCUGUUGGUCCACCAUCAUUGGAGUCCCUGCUGUCGGAGGAUUCGGAGGAGCUGCCAGAUGCACCAGCACCAGCUGAGCUUGUGAAGUUUGAACGCCCCAGUCCUGGUGAAAAUGGGCGACGCGAAUCAAAUGAACCAAGGAAAUUCACCCCAGAUUCUUUGGCAGCUGUGGCAAAAGCGCCGGUAAGGCAGCCCAAUUUUGGACCAAGGCCUACACAGAGACUGCAUGUGCCAAUCACUCCACCAGUUCGAGGAUCGUUUUUGCCGGAGGACGAGGAGUUGUUCAUGUGGAUGGCCCAGAAGUGCUACCUGCGGCAGGAUAUGUUUCUGCUAGGCGAUCCAGGCCCCCAUCUGCGCCUCAGCAUCCUGCGCUUUGCCCAGCAGACAGGCAGGGAGGUGGAAUACAUCAGCAUCACACGCGACACCACUGAGGCAGACUUGAAGCAACGGAGGGAAAUCAUCGAUGGGCAGCUGGUCUUCCACAACGCUCCCUCAGUUGAGGCAGCCCUUCGCGGGAGGCUGCUGAUUCUGGAAGGCCUGCAGAAGGCAGAACGCAACGUACUGCCGUUGCUAAACAACUUGUUGGAAAACAGAGAGAUGUCACUGGAAGACGGCAGUUUUCUCAUGGCUCCGGGCCGAGAAGCUGAGAUCCAGCAGGCCGCAGAGGGUGGAAGGCGCCUGUUGCCGGUCUCCCAACGCUUCCUGGUGGUGGCGCUGGGUCUCCCCGUCCCCACCUACCGUGGCACGGCGCUGGAUCCUCCGCUGCGCUCGCGCUUCGCGUGUCGUUUCGUCCGCGGGGACCAGGACCUAAGACUGGACGAUGUCCAAACCAAGGGACUGCAGCAGCUGGUGAAGCUAUGGAGGUCCGUUGGUGAAGGAACAGGUGGGAAGACUUCCGCUCCACGGCUGCCUCACUUCCCGGAGUUUGGACUGUUGUCGGUGCAGAAGUUGCUGCAACUCUUUCCAUCUCUGUCUCCGGCAGCGGCCUUGCAUCGUGCCUUCCCUUGGAGCAUCCUGCAGCUGUCAGCCUCGCAACGAACUGCCCUGCAGUCGGCUCUGAAACAGCACGGGUUGGAGCUAGGCACCGCCAAGACCGAAUACGGCCUGCGGGCAGUCGAGCUGCUUUCGGAGCAUUGUGCGCGGCUUUCCAUGGGAGAUGGGCCUUCUGAGGUUGUAUGUUGCCCUUGCGGUGCCUGGCCCAGCAGAUUCGAGCAAACUUUGGCAUCUCUCGCGCCCAGUCAACGUGUUGUGCUGGCCUCGAUGCUCCAAGACCACGCGGCGGGGAUGGACCUGUGCGUGGUGGGUGAACGAGGCGUGGGGAAGACGACCCUGAUUCGUGGCUUUGCGGAGGCCUUGGGCUAUCGCACUUUUAGUGUCUUUUGCUUCAAGGAAAUGAGCGCGCGAGACCUGACGCUGCGCCGAAGCACAGAUGACAGAGGCAACACGAUCUGGCAGCCAUCACCGCUGAUAGAGGCGGCCUUAAAUGGUGGCUUGGCCAUUUUAGAUGGUAUCCACCGCUUGCCCCUUGGUGCACUGGCUGGUGCCUUGGGCACGUUGCUGUGCGACCGAGCGGGCACGCUGCCAGAUGGGACCAAGAUGGUGCCCGAGGAGCAGUGGAAUCAUUGGCUGCAGCAAGGCAUCAGCGAAGCCACGCUUCGGCACCAGAAGUUCCGCCCGCUGCACCAUGCCUUCCGCGUCAUUGCCACCGGUGAGCCGCCCACGGAGGAGAGGAAUUGGUUGGAGGAUGAACUGCUAACGCUGUUCCACUUCACCGAGGUGAAACCCCUACCUGCUGCACAGCAACUAAAACUUGUGUCGCAGCUAUGUGGUCUGCCCUCAGAGCACGCAGUGCUGAAUGGACUGAUGGCUUAUGGCAAGGCUCUGCGAACAGCUGCCAAGUCUGACGUGUCGCUGCAGCCGUUGGUGCUGUCCCUCCGUCAGCUUUUGCAGCUGGGUCGCCGCUGCCAGCAGCGACCUGGAGCUGAGGUGGUGCAGGCUGCGUUGUCGGGGUACCUGCACUUCCUGCCGCCCUUGUCCAAGCAAGCGGUGCAGCGGAUGAUGCAACAGGCCAUGAAAGGCGUGGUGCAGGUCGACCUGGACCACGAUGCCUCGGCGCAGCAGAGGGCCGAGGAGCGCGGGGAGCGCUUGAAGGCCCUGGAGGAGCCGGCCAUCGGGCUGCGCUUCAUGGCCAAUCCGCAGGCGGCACAGCUCAUCCAAACGGAGACAGCAGCUUUGAAGGAGGAGGAUGCUGCCACUCGCCGGCGCGCGCGCGAGGCGGUGCGACGUCAGGCUUCAGAGGCCCUGGCGCGAGGAAGCCGUCGGCGGCAGGGGAUGGAGGUAACGGAGAAGGAGGUGAGGAUUGGAGAUGUGUCCUGCAGAAGAGGCAAUCCGGAGCGACCUGAGCUGGUACCAUCCACCCUGUUUGUGGAUAUCCCCCAACAUCUCGCAGCCUUGCGUGCCAUGAUGAUUGAUUGGCAGUUGGGCCGGCACCUUCUGCUCAUCGGGAACCAGGGGGUUGGCAAGAACAAGUUGGCGGAUCGCUUCCUAGGCAUGUUGCGUUUGGAGCGGGAGUAUCUGCAGCUGCACCGAGACACCACGGUGCAAUCCCUGACGAUCCAACCCAUGCUGCAGAACGGGGUGGUCAUCUACCAAGACUCGCCCCUGGUCUCAGCUGUACGCCAUGGCCGGGUGCUGGUCAUCGAUGAGGCAGACAAGGCACCACUGGAAGUGGUGUGUAUUCUGAAGAGCCUGGUGGAAGAUGGUGAGUUCGCUCUUGGCGAUGGCCGCAGCAUUAUGAAGCGCGGCCGGCUUCCCAAAGACCUCAGUGACCCGGAUCCCAAGCUGCUGCUGAUCUCCGAGGGGUUCCGGAUGAUCGUCCUGGCGAAUCGUCCGGGCUAUCCCUUUCUGGGCAACGACUUCUACCGCGAGUGUGGCGACGUCUUCGCCUCGCAUGCCAUCGACAAUCCGGAGGUGGCGUCGGAGGUGGAACUGCUGCGAUCGUAUGGGCCCAACGUGCCGCAGGAGCAGCUGGUUGCUUUGCUGGGGCUGUUUGUUGAGUUGCGCAGGCUGGUGGAGGAGGGUUUGCUGGCCUACCCCUACUCCACUCGGGAGCUCGUAAAGAUCGUGAGGCAUCUGGAGAGUUUCCCAGACGACCCAGUGGAGGAGGUCUUCGCAGACAUCUUCGCCUUCGACUGGCACGACCGGAAGCUGCGAGAGCAGCUGGGCCAGGUGCUUCUGGGCUGCGGCUUCCGAGGCUUUGAGGUCUUCCAAGGCAAGGGCAAGCAGCAUGGAAACGCCAAGAGGCGGUUGCCCAAGGACUUCAAGUCUGCCAAGCACUAUGACUCCGGAGAGAAUGCGGAGAACGACGGUGAAGGUGGCAACCCCGGCGACGUGGGCACCCGCGACUACGACGACGCCACGGACCACUCGGGGAAGCGCCACGCGCCCAGGGCCGGCAACUGGGAUGGACGGCAGCAUAUCGGCGAAGGACCCUGGGAUGGUGGAUCUGGUGGCACCGGAACCGCUGGCAUUGGAGGCCGUGCUGGCCCUUACCGUUUGGAUGUGGGACAGGAGCUGGUGAUGUUGACCGAAGAGCAAAAGAAGGAGGUCUCAGAAGAAUGGCACCGGAAGGCCCAGCAGAUGGCAGAUGAGGCCUACGCUCAUCGCCUACAUGAGCUGAAGAUGAGUGGGCAUGAUGAGCAGGAGUACGCCGCCCUGCGGGCUGCCGUGGAGGCACAGAUCGCAGCCUUUCAGCUGGUGUUGCAGAGCCAUGAGGCAAAGGAGCGGGAACGAACGUGGCAGAAGCAGCAGGUGCAGGGCGAGCUCGACGAGAUGCGCCUGGUCGACGGCAUCGCCGGGGCCAAGAACAUCUACCGCCGCCGCGGGGAGGCGGAGGACCUGGGUGGAGACCAACAGCUGCGGAAGCGGAUCAAGUUCGUGAUGGACUGCAGCGGCUCUAUGUACACCUUCAAUCGCAUUGACCAGCGCUUGCAGCGUUUGAUGGAAGCUUCAAUCUUCAUUUUCGAAAGUUUCGCCGGCUUCGAGCACAAGUAUGAGUACUCCAUGGUGGGUCACAGUGGCACGGGGCCAGAGGCUGAACUGCUGGUGCCCUGGGGCAAGCCGCCCAGGAACCCUAAAGAGCAGUUGGCCAUCGUGAAGCAGAUGGCCGCUCAUGCGCAAUACUCCCACAGCGGAGAUCACACCUUGCAAGCCACCGACCGAGCCAUCAAGGACGUGUUGCACAAGGCCGGGGAUGAGUACUAUGUCUUCGUGGUCAGUGACGCAGACUUGGGGCGCUAUGGCAUAUCUCCAAGUUCCUGGAAUAAGAUCCUGAUGCAGGACAAGAGGGUCAACGCCUACGUGAUCCUCAUCAGUUCCAAUACCGAUGAAGCAGAGACGAUCAAGUCGGGCCUCACUCCUGGACAUGGCUUCGUUUGUGACCACAACGACCUCUUGGCCGUGACCUUCAAACAGGUCUUCUCCGUCACGAUGCUCCGCAACCGAUCAACGGCUGCGUCGUUUCAGCACCUGGUGGCCUUUUCGCCAAAGGCAGCCAGCAGAAAGGUCAUCCUGGUGGCUUCCAACGCCAAGGCCGGUGCCGCCAAAGGCACCGUGCGGCCUGAACUCCUCAAGGGAGCCACCGAGGAUCCGUCGAUGGACUGGAUCACCAUGGGUUAUCCGCAGUUGGCGCAGGCCAGUGGCAAAUAUUACUUUGAGGUGCACCUGAUUGAAGGAGCCGAGGCUCCUCAGGUGGGCCUUCUCAGCAAGGAUUUCAAACAGCAGCCGGGCGCUCCGAGCACGCAGGGAGUUGGAGAUUGCGCGAAUGGCUGGGUGCGAUUCCUAGUUGAUCCCAAGCUCAACUCGUUACAAGCCACUUGGCUGUGGAUGGACAGAGCGCAAUCCGCUGGCAUAGAGGUGAGGCAUUGCCGUGGGCCCAAACAUGGCCUUCUGCCGAGGAUGCUGCAAAGCCGGCUUGCAGUUCUCUCAAUGUGUGUGUUUGGUGCGGUCAUGAUUUGGUUUCGACCGCGUGCUCUCAUCUUUAGUCCAGUUCCCGCUACUCUUGGGAAGGGACGAUCAGCUCACCUCACAGCCACUGGACACGGCAUCAAUUUGGUGGAAGAGCCUUGCCGCCACGGGGCACACCAUGAGCUCCAGGCCUCGAGCCCAAAGAUCCCCGCUUUCAGCUCGAACGCGCCCAUACACAUCAACAUGAAGCACAUCAACAUCAAGUUGGAUCGCAACGUUCUCAAGUGGAUUUUCAGGAUUUUCUACCUAUGUUUGGAUGGCUGGCUCAACGAUUUCUCUUCUCAUCAGAGUUGCUGCAAAAUUCACGAGCAGGAAAGGGAGAUUCAGAAAAAGGAUCUGCCAGAGAUAUACGAGAUACCCGAAUUGAUCAAAGGGCUGGACCGCUGGCACCUAGUCUAUCGUGUUCCAUGUCUCCCUUCAAAACGAGACAAGCAGUGGAACAAUACAAUUUUGAGAAGUCAGGAAGAAGGGGAAAAGAAAAACAGGGAGUCAAGUACGUUCAGGUGGCUGAUGAUUUCCGGCGUUCUGGUCUGUGAGAAUUGGGCUGAGGACGAGGCCCUCAAAAGGCUUGACAAAGAUUCGGCUGGACUGGCUGGUCCUAAGGAAGUUGGAGAUCGCCAAAGCUCCAGCAUCUUGUUAUGUUCAUGCUGUGUUGCAGCACUUGGAGGGGGCCUUGCAGCUGUGAGUUUGCAGAUGUGGACAGAAAGGAGAGGGGUGCUCCCCUUCGCUGACAGCUCUUCCGAUGCAUUCAUCAUUGCCGCUGUGAUCGCUUUCGUAUCCAUUGGAAGUCUUUCUGGCGGUGGCCUUGUGGAAGUGGAUCAUCAAAGAGACGUGACUCAGAUGUUUUCGGUAUUUCUGGAAGGAAUGAUCCUUGGCGUGGCCGGUUUGUGGAAACUGGAUGAUUUGUCCAGACAGCGCAUGCAGCGCCUUUGACAUCCUUCAGUGCUAGUAGCCAGUCGCACGGUUUCUUGCCAAGUCUAAGUGGUUCUUUUUAAGGGUUUUGACCUGCAAUGCAAGGAGAAAA